AUGUUCCAAGACCCUUUUGUGGAUACCUGAUACCAUGGAUCAUAGCAAACACUAUAUUUUUAUGUGAACCUGGGCUAGAAGCAUAUUAUAGAAACACUCCGGAGGACAUUGAGAGGCCCACAAAUACCUCUUUGGGAGGAUAUUUUUUGUAGAGUGGAUAGGUGAAACUGUGUAUAUUGGAUCCAUUGAUAAGGGGGUCAUACUGCAUAUGCCACCCUUGCCAUUUCAUCAUGGAGUUGAUGAAUAUAACCAGUUUGGGUUGUAUUCAUCACCAGUCUGAAAUCUCCUUUCCCAUAAACUAAAUCCACCCAUUUCUCACCUAGGAUUUCUCCAUCUUCUACAUGAUAUCAUAUCAGGAAUUAUACAAUGGCCAUCAUGUUACCUCUCAACCUAAACACAUCAAGUUAAAGACAUUCAGCCUCUUUGGCCGUUCCUCAUAGGGCUUGGCUUCCAGACCUUUGGUCAUUUUGGUGGAUGCCUUCCAGCUUGUCCAUAUCGCUCUUGAAUUGUGAUGCCCGGAACUGGACACAGGACUAUUCCAGGUGACGUCAGACCAAAGCAGAAUGCAAUGAGACAAUAUAAUGUGUCUGUGUCUGGACAUUAUAUAUUGCUUGUUGGCCUUUCAGGCUGCUAUGAUUCUACAUUCACAGGGACACACUUUCAUAAAAAAAAAAAGGCUUGCAAAGUGUAUUUGGCUUGUUUUUAAAUCAAAUCAGUAACUCAGCUGUUGCUAUAGCUGCAAAGUCAUUGCUCUUUCCCUCCCUGCUCCUUCCUUUCCUCCAGUCUAUUCUCCCCCUCCUUGUUUCUGGGCAAUGAGUCAGUUUGUUGUCGUUUACGUAUUCCUUUGCUAGCUUCCACUCUUCCUGACCUCAUGGACCAGUAAAAGGCCAAAAUAAAGAAGAGAAGGAGAGAGACGGAGACACUCCCUCUCCAAGUCUCCCUCCCUUCCUCCCUCCUUUCUCUCUUUCUGCCUCUGACUCUCUUGCGCCAGCUUGGCUUCUGCUCCUUUCUCCCAUCAGCUGCAGCCGUCCUUCCUUCCUCUCAAAAUCUCCAUUCCUCCACCCGAAAUGGGCUGCUUUGGGAACAGGAUGACUGAGGACGAGCGCGAGGAAGAGAAGGAACGAAGAAAGGCCAAUAAGAAGGUUGAGAAGCAACUGGAGAUGGACAAGGAAGUCUUUAAGGCCACGCACCGUCUCCUCGUGGUGGGCUUAGAGGACUCUGGCAAAAACACAUUGGUCAAACAAAUGAAAAUCUUGCAUGGGGAUGGAUUUAGUGCCGAGGAGAAGAAAAUGAGAACCCAGGACAUUAAAAACAAUAUCAUGGAAGCUAUAAGUACAAUAGUCAUAAACAUGUGGUGCCUGGAACCCCCAGUGGAGCUGGCGAACCCAGAGAACCAGUUCCGGAUUGACUAUAUUUUGAAUGCAAGCAGCCAGCGAGAUUUCGACUUCCCACCCGAAUUCUACGAACAUACGAAAGCCCUUUGGCAAGACGAAGGUGUGAAAGCUUGCUUUGAGCGCUCGCAUGAGUAUCGCUUGAUUGGUUGUGCACAGUAUUUUCUAGACAAGAUCGACAUCGUCAAGGAAGAGGAAUAUACGCCAUCGGACCAGGAUCUUCUCCGAUGUAAAUUUCGGAAAUCCGGGAUCCCUGAAACCAAGUUUCAAGUGGACAAAGUAUAUUUGCAUCUGUUUAUUUUUGAUUGGGGACGGAAUCGCCAAAGGUGGGUACGUCAUUUUGAUAAUUUGACGGCUAUUCUCAUGAUGGUGGACAGCAGUAGCUACAAUUGCUUACUGAAUUAUCCAGGGGACAUGAAGCUUAAGGAAGAAUUAUCUUUUUUCAAGUCUAUCGUAUUCAGGAGAGAGUUGAAGAAGCUUUUCAGUCCUUGGCUACAGACCUUUACGUACAUUGUUUUCCUGAACAAACAGGAUUUGCUAGCAGAGAAAGUCUUGGCAGGGAAAUUUAAACUGGAAGACUACUUCCCAGACUUUGCUCACUAUACCACACCUAAGGACGCAAUGCCGGAGCCUGGUGAAGAUGGUAUAGUUACGAAGGCCAAGUAUUUUAUCAGAGAGGAAUUCCUUAGAAUGUGUUAUCUUGAAAACCACAGCUUCUAUUGUCACUUUACAUGUGCAGUGGAUGCAGAAAACGUUCAGAGAGUUUUCAAUGAUUGUGGGGAUUUGAUUCAACGAAUACACUUCGGCCAGUAUAAGUCCUUGUGAAGGAGAUCAUUUAUUAGUUUUGGACACCUUAUUGAGAAAAGCAAAGAAAAGCCCUGCCCACAUAAAGUGGAAAAGUAUGAUGGCAAUCUCCCUCUUACUUGCAUCCCUGAACUUUUCCUUCUUCCUGGACAAAGAGCAGCAUUUCAAAGCUUCGAACCAUUGUAAUGUCAUACGCCAAUUCUGCAAGGAGCAGGAACAACUUGAAUCGCUUCUGGAGUGAGAGAAUUGGCUGUCUGCAAGGACGUUGCCCAGGGGACACCCGGAUGUUUUGAUGUUUUUACCAUCCUUGUGGGAGGUUUCUCUCAUGUCCCCGCAUGGAGCUGGGGCUGAUAGAGGGAGCUCAUCCGCACUCUCCCCGGGUGGGAUUCGAACCUGGAAGCUUUCCAGUCAGCAACCCAACCUUCAAGUCACUUAGUCCACCACGCCAUCUGGGGGCUCACCUCUGAGGAUGCCUGUCAUAGAUGUGGGCGAAAUGUCAGGAGAGAAUGCUUCUGGAACAUGGCCAUACAACCCAGAAAACACAUAACAACCCAGUGAUUCUGGCCAUGAAGGCCUUCGACAACACAUCUCCUCUCUCUGCUAUGCUAUGUGAAAAUAACAAGCCAAGGGAAGGAACUAAUGCAGAAAGUGUCUAUUAAUUAAAACAAUGGACACAACGAGAGUGUAUGAUAUUAAUCAUAUGCAAUGAUGUAACCUCACCUUUUAUGUCUUUGAUAAAUUAGAGGACAGCAUUGCAUUGUUUUACUUAUAAAAGUAAAUGUAACUGCAUCACUGAUUGUUCCAUCUUUUUGGCACCCAUGGGCCCCGUGCUGUUUUCUUCCUGUUUUUACUUUGCAUUUUUCCUUACCUUUUCAAAAUAAAUCUUUCUCUUGAGAUCAAAAAACGGCUGAUUAUUGCUGGCUUGGUUUUGAAAAAAAUGCACACACCAUGUUUAAAAAAGUCAUGGGAUACUCUGGAGCAGGAGUCCUCAAACUAAGGGUCUUUCCACAUAGGCAUAAAACCCAGAAUAUCAAGGCAGAAAAUUUAUUUAUUCAUUUACUUAUUUAAUUUAUAUACUACUGUUCUUUCCCUGGAUUAUCUGAGUCCACACUGCCAUAUAUUCCAGUUCAAAGCAGAUAAUGUGGGAUUUUAUUCUGCUGUGGGGAAGGGGCCUAUGGUCCUUGGACCAGAUGUUAUUUAAUAAUAACUAAAUAAUAAUAAUAAUAACUAAACACAGCUGUCUAUUCUAAACAAUAUCUGAAAAAUGUGCACCACGAUAAAGGUUCAAACUGAUAACCGAAACCCCGGCUUUUAAAUUAAUUUAAAAACGCAGCGGAGAGUUCCGCAGAUCACUCACCAAAGGAACGGAGCGGGACCGCAGCAGACUAUUAUUAAAAGACUUUUUUUUCUUUCUUCAUUUUCCCCUUCCCUGAACUAUGUAACAAAUCCCCCCAAUAAAAGUAGCAUUUAUUUUAACAGUAACACUCUCUAUCUGGUUAUUUUGUGUCAUUCUCUGACUCUUUCCUUUGCAUGCAAUUUCUCUCUCUCUCGCUAACCCGUCUGAUCUUUAAAAACCCUGGCGGAGGUUUCUCCGCCAUAGAUUAAUAUGGCGGACGAUAUAAAUUGGCUCAUAUCUCUAUCAAAAUUACCCCUAGAACGCUCCUCUUUUAGUCCUAACCCUUUCUAAGGCUCCUGACUCGAAGACAACCAGCGGAACCGGAAUCGGUCCAGUUUUCGGCACCUCAACAGCUGACUGUCAAACGGGACCGACUGCUCCUUUCAAGCCAAACUGCUGCCUUAUCCCGGACUUUCCUCUCCCUGCGGCCCGCGGAAUGGUUUUAAGAGAUCCCUAGCCCCUUUCUGUGAACUGGGGAUGGGGGGAUCGCUCUCUCGCUGGGGAAACAUAGUUCUCCAAGAACCCUUACCCUCUCUACAGCUGCCAGGGGGUGCCCGGACGGGUGCCCUCCACGUUUCAUUCAUACUUUCAUAAUUUUAUGAAGGAGAAGAACACUCUUCCCCAGACCUAUCCCUGGACUUAUGAAAUCUUAUACUUCCAAAGACUACAACCCACAUGUGCCCCUUCCCCAUGCCAUCUCUAUGAAUUCCUUAUGAACUCUUUUUCCUCAUGUAUUUGUGAAUUUUCAUAUUCUAUGUACUUGGACACUCUCAUGACUCACUGUUGUAUGAACUUCUAAUCGUUGGGCUAACUUCAUGAAUUGUGAAAUCAUGCUGCUAGAACUCCACUUCUAUAUUGGGUUCCCCAGAUGUUGUAAACUUCGUUCUUAUCAAAUGUUUUCUAUUGUUUAUAUCAUUCAUGAUUCCCCUUUAUGCAAUGUCACCCACCUUUAUGGAUUCUCCUUUAUUUCCUUGAAAUCUAUCUAUCUGCCUAUAUGUAUUUGUACUCUUUGGGAUCCCCGGAGAAUGUGUUUUUCCCAGCUGGGUUUAUGUUCCAACUUUAUUUUAAUUUUCAUUCUAUCCCAUAUAAUUGUCAAAUCAUGAAAUCAAAUGGGAAAUAUUAUGACCCCAACGUGAACCCUAGUCCCCAUGAUCCAGACCUCCCUUCCCAAAAACAAAAGGAUAAUCUGCCACAGUUUAAUCCAAUCUCAUUCCGAUCGCAUGGACAAUAUAGGGCUUGAGUCACCAAAUUCCUAAAGGUGAUUCGACCCCAAGGCAAACAUUGUCAUAUCCCAGGCCAGGACGCCUCAGGAAGGCACCCUGUGGGGCCCGUCAAUGACGGCUCAUCACCACCCUUCUUUACUUCCCCCUGACACCCCAAGGCAUAUCUAAAAUCUGUGAACGUGACAGGACCCCGGACAUCCUUGAUGGGUGCCAUUAAUUCCUUUAGAAAUCGGCCGGGCCAGGAUUAAUCUGAUAUUUCCUGUCCGGUCACUUCAUUGUUUCAAUAGCUCCCGCCUCCUCCUCUCUGAUUGGCCCGAGUGGGGACAAAAAGCGGCUCCCCAUUGGGCCAGCAGAGCAAGGCAGGAAACGAAAGCCCGCCUCGUUCAACCUUCUAGCCUAUCCGCGAUCAGAUGGGCGGGGGAGCGGGGCGGGAAAUUCAAAGGGCUGUCAGACCGAAACAUUGUAUAAAUAUGGCUUUAUUUGAAACAUAUGUUACGCUAGUAGAUUGAAUGAUCGCUACUAGUGUCCAUUCAGCUGAAUCGCUCAAUAAAGACUCCUUGGCGGAUUUUCCUUCAA